CCAACAACUUACGGAUAAUUAUCUAAUUAAUCAACCAAGUUUCGACUUUACAUUCGCUCAAAAAGUCCACAUCAAACUUUCGUCAAAAUGAAGUUUACCAUCGCUCUUUUCGCCGUCGCUACCUCCGCAGCUGCUAUUAACAAGCGAUACGACGUAUUCGCUGUCUCUCGCUUCUCUGCCGGGUGCAUCCCCCACAGCACCCAAUGCCUAUACUCCUUCAGUGUUAUCCAGCCUGGUACCAUUGAGACCACACCCGUCAACUGCACGGCUUUGGUCCCCGGCAACCUUGAUGGCACUCUUCCCGACGUCCAAGAAGGCACCUGCAGCCUCUCUUCCAGGACCUUCUCAGUGACCCGAGGUGACCUCGGCCUGACCUUCGAGGUCUCGCAGCCCGUCACACCCUCAAGCAACCAGACGGGCACUCACCUCAUCCCCAAGGAUGAGCUUGCUAUCUCCGAUAAGCCCAACGCCGUUGUUGAGAGCUACACCGGUCCUUCCAGCUUCAACCUGACUGGUUAAGGUGGAGACGACUUGAUGAUUAUGAGUUAUACUCGACAUGGAAUUUUCCACGAGUGUUAACGAGGAAUAAUGUACACUUUGGUGUGAUAUAUGAUACCAUUAUAUAUUUGUAUAUAUGUACAUAGGCAUAUCUAUUUCGCAGCGAUACAAAAUACAAGACUUUCUGCAAGAAUUCACAGAAAUAGUCAUGAAAG